AUGGAAGAUAAAGCAAUCAAAAGAAAAACUACGAAUAAGGAGUCAAGAAGACAACAAAGUGUGGUAUACACUUUAACAUCAUUAUCUGGAGAACGAAAGGUUGUUUGUAAAAAAAUAUUUUUGAAUACUCUAUCGAUUUCAGAGCGUACAGCUCGAACUGCUUUAAGCAAAGUGAAAGAGUGUGGAAUCUUGGAAGCAGAUAAAAGGGGAGGAAGGCAGAGAAAAUAUGAUGAGAAAAAACGAGAGGAAUUCAUAAGAAAGGAUAUAAGUGAGCAUAUUGAUAGAUUCCCCAGAGUAGAAUCUCAUUAUUGCCGUGCUAGCAUUAUCAAAAUGUACUUACACCCAGAUUUGAAUUUAAGAAAAAUGCAUGCUAUGUAUUUAGAUGAAUUAGAGAAAGUUGGAAGAGUAGAAAAACCAAGUUUUCAUACCUAUAGAAGAGUAUUUAAGGCCAAAAACUUAUCUUUUCAUUCACCAAAAAAAGAUCAGUGUUCCCUUUGCGUGUCUUAUAGGGAAGGCGACGAUACCGUUAAACAUAAAUUAAAAGCUCGAUACGAUCUUCAUAUUGCCGAAAAGGUAAACGUUCGUUCACUGAAAUGA